AUGUCCUCGAAGAAGCCCGAAGAGAAUGAUAAGACGCAGGAGCCUGCCGGAAAUUCCUCCGAUGAGUUGAACGCCGUCCUCGAAGACCUUCUGAACACGUUAUCCAACAAAUUCGCCGGCGUGUCGAGCGAGAUCUUCGCCAAGAUGGACGAGAUGUCGCGGAGACUAGACAACCUCGAGGCGGCACUGCAGGCGCAGCCGAACAAUUCAGGCUCGUCUUCGAAGUAG